AUGGGAGCAAAUGUGCCGUCUGUGCGCCUCAUUUGCCAGCCUCCUUUAUCCGCCAGGCUGAUCACACUUCAGCUGGGGCUAAUCGGCCAAGUGGGCCGGUCGGCCGGACGACCGGCUGCUAAACAAAACCAAAUCUCCGAGUUCGCAGGGCCGGAUCCUAUCCGCCAGUUCCAUACACUCGAUGAUGGUCCUGAAGGGCACGCGGUGAACCGCCUCGUCGAAGCUGCCACUGACACCUCAAAUCCCUCCCCCUGGCCCGAUCGGCUCCUCGACCUCGACCCGAGAGGAUAG